AACCAAACGCUAACGUCACAUCAUCAAAUACCUUUGACAGAUACAAGAAUGUGGGCAUUAUAUUGUUUUUUCGUAUUUCUAACAAUACUACAGGGGGUGUUUUUACAAGAAAUGCCACCACCGCCUUGUCGUCCGCCGCCUGUGGAACACCCAGGUGAGUGCUGUAAAAUACCACAAUUCUUUACUGAUGAGGAUCGUAAGGCAUGUGGUGUUGAUAUAGAGGAGAGUAAAGAGCCAGGAGCAAGACCUGAUUGCUCCAAACUAAUUUGCGUAUUCGAGAAAAACAAGUUAAUGAAAGACGAUAAUACAGUGGAUAAAGAAGCAUUUGCAGCAUUUGCAGAUAAAUGGGCUGAAGAAAAUACUGAAUUUAAAGAUGUUGUUGAAAUAGUGAAGAAAAACUGUCUAAAAGAAGAUGGUCCGAAGGGAGCAAAAUUCUGUGAACCGGGGAAAAUUAUUGGUUGCAGCUUUUUUCAUACCUUUGAUAAUUGUCCUUCUUGGGAAAAGAGCGACAAAUGUGAUAUAGUCAAAGAACACAUACAGAAAUGCAAAGAAAAGCUUGGAAAGGCCUAAAUCUAAACCUGUUUCUUGUACUUAUUUAAUUUUUAUAAUAUCAUAAUCGAUAAAGCGUGUAUA